UUUGUUUUCGACUCAAUAAAUGGAGAGAGUAUUUCAUAUUGAAUAAAUAAAUAAAUAAUGAAGGAAAUGACAGAUUUUACGUGGAAAAUCGAUUGGAAAACAAUGUGCAUAUAAAGCGGCUGGAUCAUUCAUCUUUCAGAAUUCAGACCCUUGUUUUCGUUUAUGUAUUUCCUCACAAUAACACGAUUAUACACACACACACAAAAGAGAUAGAGGAGAAGCGAGUAGGAAAUGGAGGAAGCGCUUCUGCAGCAUAAGAUCUCGCCGGAGAUAUCGUCCGCCGUGGCCGGAGCAAGCGAAGAGUUCGGAGGAGGAUGGAGGAGGUGCGCGCUGACACGGCGAGAGUUCACGGCGGAGCUGAAGAAGAUGGCGGAGAUCGCGGCUCCGAUGGUGGCCGCGACGGUGUCGCAGUAUUUGAUGCAGGUCGUUUCCAUGUCGAUGGUCGGGCAUCUCGGCGAGCUCGCUCUCUCCGGCGUCUCCGUCGCCUCUUCAUUGGCCAAUGUCACCGGCUUCAAUGUCCUGUUCGGGAUGGCAGGUGCGCUGGAAACGUUAUGCGGCCAAGCGUUCGGAGCAGAACACUACCAAAAGCUCGGAUCCUACACUUACUGCUCAGUGCUCUCACUCUUCCUCAUAUGCAUCCCCAUCUCUAUUCUUUGGCUCUUCAUGGACAGGCUUCUGAUCUUGUUCGGACAAGACCCAAAUAUCUCAGCCGUUGCUUGCCAGUACACUGUCUAUCUGAUCCCGGCUUUGUUCGGAUUCGGCGUUCUCGAAUCUCUCAUUCGGUACUUCCAGUCACAGAGCUUGAUCUCCCCGAUGAUCUGGUCGACUUUGACAGCUCUCUUGCUCCACGUCGGUUUGUGUUGGGUAUUGGUUCACAAUGUGGGAGCCGGAGUGGUAGGAGCUGCAGUUUCACUAGGAGUGGCUUACUGGGUUAACGCGAUCUUGCUAUGGAUCUACAAAGACUGGUCCUCGACUUGCGAGAAGUCGAGGGCUUUUGUUAUGUCGGAUGUGUUGUCCAAGAUCAAGGAGUUCUGCCGCUUCGCUCUUCCUUCGGCUUUGAUGAUGUGCUUGGAAUUGUGGUCUUUCGAGUUCAUGAUUUUGCUUGCUGGGCGUCUUCCCAACUCCCAACUCGAGACCUCUGUUCUCUCCAUCUGCCUCACGACUGUUACACUGCAUUACUACGUCAUCUACGGAGUUGGCGCAUCCGUAAGCGUUCGCGUUUCGAACGAACUGGGGGCUGGAAAUCCGCGGGAGGCGAGAGUGGCUGUGAUCGCAUCGGUGGCUGUUGCAGGAGCGGAGGCUGUUUUCGUCGGCGUCACUCUCAUGUGUUUUCGCCGAAUAUGGGGUUACAUUUAUAGCAAUGAGAAGGAAGUCGUGGAUUAUUGUGCGUGGAUGUCUCCAUUGUUAUGUCUCUCUUUCAUCUUUGACAGCAUGCUCUCCAUCUUCUCCGGAGUGGCGAGGGGGACAGGAUGGCAGCAUCUAGGAGCGGUGGUGAACAUAGGAGCAUAUUACCUAACGGGUAUCCCCAUAGGAGUGGUUCUGUGUUUCGUGAUGAAAUGGGGAGGAAAGGGGCUGUGGGUUGGGGUAUUAACAGGCUCUGCCCUUCAAGCUCUUCUUCUCGGUCUCAUCACUUCCCGCACCAACUGGUACAAACAGGCGAUGAAGGCGAGGGAGAGGUUGCUAGAGGGCACAGACGAGACGAGCCAUGUAUUACCGCUACUCGCUUAAGAGAAGCAAGUCUCAUUCUGAUUAUGAACUUUCAAUAAAAUCAAUUUUGGAAUUGAGAUCUUGGGGUGUAUAUAUAUAUAUGAUG